AUGAGAGCACCUCCUUUGGACGUGGUUCUUAGUUGGCCUCCACCCGACUACGAUGCACCAUUCAAAAACGCCCCAGCAGGGAUUUCUAUUUCUGUCUUCUUAAUGGUCAUUGUCACUGCCAUUUUGGGGAUCCGGAUAUAUACAAGAAAGUACAUCACUAGAGGAUUCGGCCCAGAUGAUAUUCUCAUCAUUUUCGCCUACAUUCCCUGUCUGGGUUUCUCAAUCAGUGGUAUGAUUGCCCAAGUGUAUUAUGGCUGGGGAAAAGACUUAUGGAAUGUUCGCCCUGCGAUAUAUAAGUCUGCUCUUCAGUCUGCUUUCGGUGCAUACACUCUUUUCGGCACCGCGACAACUCUCAUCAAGCUGUCCAUGCUUGCCAUGACAUAUCGCCUCGCAUGUACUGCGUCGAAAACCUUUAAACGCAUCGUUGUCGGCUGCAUGAUCCUGGUUGGCGCUAAUGGCAUCUGCUUCCUCCUUGUCACUUGGCUGCAGUGUCGACCUUUACACCUGUACUGGACCAUCUCUCACGAGAAGCAAAACUGUAUAGACGAGCCCGCCCACCUUCUGGCUGCUGGCACCAUCAACACUGUAACAGAUCUUCUCGUCGUUAUCCUGCCGCUGGUCAUCUUCAUUAAGCUGCAGGGCCCGAACAGCAUGCUGUCAAGGCGGCAAGUUUUCAUCGUCAAUAUUCUAUUCGCCGCAGGCUUCUUUGCCACCAUCGCGGGUGCUGUCCGUACUUACGUGACCUGGCGCAUGACCUCAGCUCCCGAUUUUAACAUCACCCAUUGGUUCUGGCUUACAUGGCUUUCUUCCAUGAUCGAAAUCUACGUUGGUAUCAUCGCUGCCAGCGUGCCUGCAACGAAGCCUUUCAUGGCGCAAUAUGUACCUAUGCUUCUCGGGGCCACUAAGUUCACAAACAGCCCUACUUGCGUGUCGCGUACUGAUCGCUAUGCCUUGCCUGCCAGCCUCUCUCACACGAAGAACGGUUACGUCCGUGAUGAUUCCUACGACCUGCCUUUUUACGAAUCAAUAUCGACAGUCAGUAAAGUGGGACCAACAAUAUACAACUCCCCAACCACUGAUUCCCUAUCGGCGCCAAAUGGGUUGGAAGAAGGGUCUAAAUUUGAUGAACAUACAUAUAGCUAUAAGAGUUACGCCGCUAUAGAGAGUCUAACGCUACCUGCUCAGCAAGUCGCUACCACUUCUUCCUUCAACACAACAGAAGAGGAGACGACUCUUCAAUCAACGAUUGAGCUUCUACAAUUAGAAAUAAUGUCUUUCCCAAUCAUACACAUCAAUGGCUAUCCAGGCACUGGCAAGCUCACCAUCGCGCGAAAGCUCGUCGACCUUCUAUUGCCUUACAACGGGAAACUUGUUCAUAACCAUCUUCUCAUCGACCCAGUAGGUGCUAUCCUACCACGUUCCAGCCCAGACUAUCAGCAUGUACGCCGUGCACUCCGAUCUGUCAUCUUUGUCGUGACAUCGGACACUGCCAACGCAUCAGAGUCCGUCUUUGUCUUUACCGACUUCCAGUCUGAUGAUAAUAUUGGCCGUAGCGUCAUCGCCGAGUAUCGCGACAUGGUCGCCCGUCGACGCUGCAUUUUUGUUCCCAUCACUGUUACCUGCAGUAAAGAUGAAAAUCUACGUCGACUGUCCUCUUCCGAACGGAUUGUUCAUGGGAAACUUGCAGAUACCGAAAUGGUGACACACCUGCGGGAUCACUCCUUGAUACACCAAUGGUCAAAAGAUGAUCCCCUCCACAUGGAACUUGACAUUACGGAACUGAAAACCAACGAAUCCGCUCGUGUCAUAUUUGAACAUGUGUUAAGGGUUUGCAAGGAGCUGGACCGCUCGUGA